ACAAGCCGGCUGCUUGUGCAGCGGGGCUGAGGGGAGGAAAGAGAAGGAACGGCUGAGUGAUUCAGUGGGAGACGCUCGGGGCGCAGCGCCACUCGUAUUCCCCCACUUGGAUCAGGUACCACACUCGUGCGCAGAAAUCCUGAACGUAGUCGAGUAUGCCGAGGAUACAGUAGACGACGAGGCCAAUGUCGAUGAGCGAAACCACAUCAAGCAUGGUUCUCUUCUGCUGGUGCCACGAAGGGAGCCGCUGUGCGCUUAGAAAGGAGUCCCUUCCCAUGGGGAGAGCGUCAGCGGCUCACUACAGGCCAAGCCAAUCGUGUGUCCCAAGAGGCAGAGAAAGGCCAAAAUGCUCACGAUCUCGAAGACUAGGGAUAUCCACAUGCAGAAGCCGACAGGGGGGAACACCAUCGUUGCUUUCCACCGAGCACAGCGGCAGAGGGCGAGGAAGAGCCACAGGAGGAAGGGAGGACCAACUGGCUGCUUGUGCUGGGUGCUGAGG